AUUUGAAAUUGGCUCCGCGCUUCUAAACGACACAUCUCUACCAGUCAUCGGAACACUCUUGGGAACACCUCCGUCUCUCUCUCUCUCUCUCUCUGAAGCCGCAUCUCCGUCUAGAAUCCCUCAGUCAGUCAAUCUUCCAAACACUCUUGGGUGCAUUCAUGGCGCGUUCAAUCUGAAAAUGACAACCACAGAAAAGCUAUUCGUCCAGAUUUUCGACCGGAAGAAGCGGAUCACCGAACAAGUCAAGCAACGAACAGACUUGUACAGGCAACACCUCGCUUCGAAAAUUCUACUCGAUGGAUACAAUCCUCCUCUUUGGCUAUGGAACCCUAAUUUCAACUCGGAAUCUUCAGAUCCUCAAGGGUUGAAGAAAGAAGAGCUGAUUUCCGAACUUCUACUUUCUCAUCCACGACCUGCAGUUCCUUAUUCUGGCGGUCCCUACUCUGCGUAUGACAAGCCAGUCGUCGUACGAAAUAAUGUAGAGUUAUCAGAAGGGUUGUUAACCCAUGCAUCCAAAAAAGGUUUUAAUACAGGAGAUAGACCAAGAACCUUGCAUGAUAAUAACAUUGGAUGUGCCUUAAACAGCGUUCCGGAGUUGGAUCUUAAUUCUACUUCUCCUCAGGCGCAGGGUGAGGUGAGGAUCUCAGACAUUCAUCCCGACAAUGGUUUUAGUGCAAGGGAUAGGAUAACAACCAUGACUGAGUGUCAUGAUAAUGACGUUGGGUGUUCCUUUGAUUGUGUCCCUGAGUUCGAUAGUAGUGCUACCUCUCGUGAGCAGCAGGCUGAGGUGAGAAUCUCAUACAUUCGUAGUGACAAUGGUUUUAAUGUAGGAGAUAUGCCCAAUUGUUAUGAUAAUGACCUGGAUCAUGCCUUCAAUUUUGACCCUGACUUUAGUAAUGGUGCUGCCUCUCCUCGGGGGCAGACUGAAGUGAGAAUGGCUGUUACUUAUACUGCACCAGAUCAGUCACUUGCCAGGCUACAACGGUCCAAGUCUAGGCAAAAGGCUCUAGAGAUUCGCAAUUCUGCAAAAGCAGCAGCUAAAAGCCGUUAUGCCCCUGAAAAUCUCACUGGUGCUUGUUACAAUGGUAAUAAAAUGUCGAGGAUGGUUUCCCAAGAGAUAGAUCAUGAUAUUGAGUUAUUUGGAUUGGCUAAUUAUUCUGAUACCGUUAGAGAAUGCCAGGGUACAGCAAAGAAUCCUAACACUUAUCGUGGUAGAAUAACAAGAUCUAGAAGUUCUUACAAUCUAUCUAGUCAUGAGAGUAUUGCCAAGGAAGAUGGCUGUCCUACGAUAAGGUCACAAAGUACUUGUACUGAAGGAACAUCAAAGCCUGUAAGUUCAUCUUAUACUGCCAGCCAAAGAGUUGCACUGUCCAAAUCUGGUGCUUCUAAAAGGUGUCCUCUUGAUAACUCGCUGGACCGAAUGGAACGAUUUCAACUCAAUAAUGUGCCGGGCGGUGAAGUGGUGCCACACUGUCCUGACAGUAGUGCUAUUGUUAACAAGGAUGUAAAUGCUGAUAACAUUGUUGAAACCGAGGUUAUCUCAAAUGGGCUACUUGAAGGUAGUCACGAGAGUAUUGCCAAGGAAGAUGGCUGUCCUAUGAUAAGGUCACAAAGUACUUCGAUUGAAGGAACAUCAAAGCCUGUGAGUUCAUCUUAUACUGCCAGCCAAAGAGUUACACGGUCCAAAUCUGGUGCUUCUAAAAGGCCUCCUCUUGAUAACUCGCUGGACCGGAUGGAACGAUUUCACCUCCAUAAUGUGCCGGGUGGUGAAGUAGUGCCACGCUGUCUUGACAGUAGUGCUAUUGUUAACAAGGAUGGAAAUGUCGAUAACAUUGUUGAAACUGAGGUUAUCUCAGAUGGCCUUCUUGAAGCUCAGGCAGCCAUUUCUGAGUCCAACUUGGAUUUGGCUUGCCCAAGUGUAAGGUUUGAAGCUUCUAUCUCAAGGCCACCUGUUUUUGGUAUGUUUGUGAAGCCCAAGACACUAGACUUUGGUGACAUGGAAAAGUGCUUGAAUAAAAUUUCUGGUCCUAUGCUGGAAAAGGGAAGGCUGGAGAAAUCAGCUCCCAAAAUGAGUACUCCAGUGAAGUCUGCCACAUCAGAUGAUAAAAUAACUUUUUGUAACACUUCUGGAAAAUCUUUAGUGAAGCAAUCACUGGAGCCCAAUGCAUCAAACAAUAAGACAGACGCUUGGAGGGUUUCUUCAGGGACCUGUGUAGAGGAGUGUGUUGUACAUAAUGAAGAUGUAUCCAACAAUCUAAUGUAUGUCACAGAUAAGUCAAAAUCUAUCCAAGAAAUUCAGCACUCUCUUGUUUCUGAUGGGCCAGAUAAAUUGUUAUCGAGUGCUGGUAAGGGAUUUGAUGAAAAAUACAUGGUGCAAGUUCAAGAGUGUGAACUUGUCCAUGACGGGAGGGAUGUAAACGGGACAACCCCUUUUCCCUUCAAGAAUCAAGAAUUAGGGCCAUCAUUUGUCUCAAGCCGGACCAAGCGCUCAACUGCAGAGCAAGAUUGCAGGGUUGGGAAGGUGGGAGUGACUGAUCCAAGUAGCUCUGGUCUAGAUUUACGCUAUUGCAGUGCAGAAGAUAGUCAGGACUUGAUGCACCUUGAAAAAAGUUCUGAUAAGGGUAAGAUGAGCGGUUUUGUUUUGAGAGAGAGAACCCUGCUGGAAAAAGAAUCACAUGUGGUAGAAGAUGACUUAUUAGCAUUCGGUUUCACUGGUUCCCUAGAACUGCCACUUCUGCAGACAUCCUCAUUGCCAGUUAGAAGAUUAAGAUCUGCUGCAGAAAAUUCUUGGCCUCAGUUUAAGCAUAGAAAGGUUGAAGACCAACAAGCUAAUUUCUCCUCUGCCUCCCCUAGUUGUAGGGCGAAAGAGAUUCAUUGUAUAAGGGUUGGGGGUAAUUUAGGAACUGACUUACAAUCUCAAUAUGAUGGGGAUGUAGCACAAUCAAGUGGUGAUAAGAUUCCUGAUAUCGAAAAGCACUGGGAGGUGAAAUACAAUUUGACACAAGAAACUGAGCCUUCAGCGGAGAUGCAACUUGAGCAGGAUGAACUUGGCUUUGAAAAGAGAAAUCCUGGUUCAGAUGCCACCUCAGUAUUCAAGAAUGGACAUUUAGGGACAUCUAUUCUCUUGGGUUUCAUAAAUGAUACAGCUGAAGGAUUCCAAGAUUGCUCUUUUGAGAAUGUUGAAACAGCAGAUACAACUCACAUAGACCUGGAUGUAAGGAUGCCGGGUGAUGAAAUACAUUACAUAAAUAAGCUGCAUUCUGGAAAUAACAUUGCCUUAGAAAAUGAGGAUGACUUGACUCAUCCUGAGAGAAUGCUACAAUUGCCUUGUUUUGAGGAGGGCGUCCCAUUUUCACAUUCUUCAAUUGUCUCUCCUCAAGACAAGCACCUGGAUUCUCUUGAUGCUGAUCAAACUAUGCCUGAGUUUGAGCGCUUCAUGAUCGACACUGAAGAGGAUGGAGACGGGUUUAGUCUUGACAAAUUUGAUCUUCCUAGUACUGCAAUAGAACGUGCUAGCAUUCUGGAACAGCUUUGCAGAUCAGCUAGCAUGCAUACUCCACUGCCUAAAUUUUCAACUACUUUUAAAUUGCACAGAACACCAGAUUUAUACCAGUCAGUACCAAAUGGACUUCUUGAGCACACAGACCUGAGGAGCACCUUAAAUCUAAACGAUGGUGGGAAACAGCUUAGAGCCAGUUAUAGUAAUGUGGGUGAAGUGAAGAGUGCUUUCCAGGGGUCUUCACUUUCUGAUUGUGUGCCGUAUUCUGAUUCUCAUUUCAAUUGGAGCUUAAAAGAACAUCCUAUGUCUCCAGUUGGAAAGCCUUGGGAUUGGUUUUCAGUUAAAUCUAGUAGUUCAGAGAAGGAGCGGAGCUCAAAUCAAGAACUUACUUGCUUUCCAAUCGAGGAAGACCCUAACAUUAGUGAAGAGAACGACAAUGGAGAUGAAGAGGCCGAUAUAAUCCUAGAAGACACUUGUUCAGCACUUCUGAAUGGUGGUGCCAAAAGAGAACCACUUGCAGAGCUAACAGCAGUUUCUGCAGUGGAGAGAUUUCCAGAUAGAAGUAGUUUAGAUUCCGUAGACACUGAAGUCAGCGUCACUGAGGCUCAUAGCAAGGUCAGACAACCGCUUGGAAAUCGCAACAACAAUAAGAGGAGAUGUACAAAUGAGGCAAAGGAGAACAGCCAUUUUUCAGUUAGCACAAACUGUGAUAAGAAGGCUACAGAAUCACUUAAUAGCAGAUUCAGUAAGCCAAAAUUGUUGGGGAAAACUAGCUUGAGGAAAGGUAUGCAGGGUCUAUCAGAGAGGGAGCCAAAGCAUAACAAUAUUGUUACGAACAUCACUUCCUUUGUCCCAUUUGUUCAACAAAAACAAGCAGCUGCAGUUGCUACAGGGAAGAGAGACAUCAAAGUGAAAGCUUUAGAGGCUGCCGAGGCUGCAAAGCGCCUUGAAGAAAAAAAAGACAACGAACGAAAGAUGAAGAAGGAAGCAUUGAAGCUUGAACGAGUGAAAACAGAGCAAGAAAAUCUGCGGCAAAUGGAGUUAAAGAUGAAAAUGAAACAAGAGGAACAGAAGAAAAAAGAUGCUGAUAUGGCAGUAAGAAAAAGGCUGAGGGAGGAAGAAGGAAGAAAAGAGAAGGAAAGAAAAAGACAGCGAAUUGACAUGCGGCGACAACAAAGAGAUCAAGGGGACAAAUUACGCAAUCGGAAAGUGGAGAAAGAAGUACCACUCAGUACCAUAGAUAAAAAAGUGAUUUGUGGGACUCAAUCUGAUGACGAAUUGAGAAAAGUUCAGAAAAUGGGAAAUAAACAAGGAGAUGACAAUAUUGGCAAAAAGCCACACACAGAACUUGGGGCCUCUGAAAUUUUGACAAGAAAUCUCAGACAAGCAGCCCUUGAAGAUUGUGAAGCUUUUCCUCGCUGUGGUGAUACUGGGGAGCCAACAAGCGUGUUGAGUAAACCUACUGAAAGUAACGACCUGGUGGAGAAGACAAGUCGAGAGAAAUCAUACGAGAUUUCACCAUAUCAAUGCUCCGACGACGAAGAUGAAGAAGUGGAUGAAAUUCCGACCAGUAAAUAUAUCCCCUCAUGGGCAAGCAAAACUUCUGUGGCUCUUGUUCUUUCCUCCCAGCAAAAUAUCGACCCAGAUGUCAUAUUUCCCCCAGAAAGUUUUUGCAGUUCAGAUGAAGUUCUCCGGCCUCGAAAAUAACCCCUGAAAUAGGGGGCAAUGUUUGUGUUCUUGGUCUUCAAGAACAUGGUAACUAUAUAGCUUGGAUGAGAUCAACUGCGCCAAGAAAAGAUUUAUAGAGAGAGCAUUUUCAAAGAGUUCAGGAGCGUGAUUCAAGUUCAAGCAGCAAAGUUGAACAUAUAUCGUUUUGUUACUAAUGUUUUGGGGAGGGUGAUCUUGUGUCUCGAAAGAUCAGAGCUGUAGAGAUGUAUAUGCUUCAUUGCAAUGCUAGAUUAGAUGUUUCCCCUGCAAACGUAGGGAUGGGAUGUGAAUCUAGAUUCUCAUAGUUCCUCCUUAUGGUAAGUAAUGUAGUAGAAGUUUGAUCUUGAUCCGGCAAUAUCAGUGAUCUCAGAUUUAGCUCAAUCUGGGAAGAUGGAAAAAUUAUCAGCUCUUAUAAAUUUCAGAGUUAGAUUAUAUUUUCUUGUGUAACAUUCAUGGAUUAAAAUCCUGGGUAAAUAGUUGUUCUUCGAAACCAGUGUUUACUUCAAAA